AUGUUGAAAUUUCUAGAUUUGUGCAAACAGAAGGUUGCAUCACUUACCCGAAUCGUAGACCAAGAGAAAACCCAGACAUAUUCAGCGAAUGCGCACAGGCUUUCAACUGCACGGGGAAAUGGCAGAUUCAGCAGUAACAACUUGAAGCUCUCAGAGACAGUGGCGGCUGGGGAUAGCCCACAAUUGUCCAGCAGUCACGAUGCUAUCACAGAUAAUAUUCAAGCUCACGAUCAGCUAGUAACGAAGGAGGAAAGGAGGAGUGAAAAGGAAUACAAAGGAAAGCAUGAAGUCAAAUUCAACAAAUCAAUAAUGACAAAGCACAAAGUAUCGCCCACUAUAGAUUCACAGACAGAUGUCGAAAAACGCGUAAGCCCUACGUCGCUCUCGGCCAGAAAAGGCAAAAGUGGCAUAUCCAGAGACAGCAGCAGUGUGCGAAAUGAUGCGGCAACAGUUUCGAUUGUAAGCUCCCAAACAUCUGAAGAUCGGAAAUCGAAUACCACUCGCCUUGCACACAACAAUAAAAAAGGGAGAAUAAGUUUUAAGGAAACUCCCCAGCAUGGAUCCACAACUCAAGAGAAGGCUCAUGCAAAGAAAAUAAAUUUUUUAUCGGCAUUUAACUCUUUCAUUCCAACUGAUCAUUUGAACUUUAGAGCUUUAACCGAUAAACGUCUCUUGUACCUGCAGACCGAAUGCCAAGCCCUGAAGCUGCCCAAGAGAAAAGGGAGAAAAACGGUACGCAAGAAAAUCGCCGUCCGCGAUCUUUUCAGCACUUGUGUUGCCCCGAAGGGAGGUUCUACUUCAUGGUAUGAACUGAGAGAGAAGUUAAAACAACACCGGUUUGAAGGGAAUACUCAGGCGGCUAUCCUCAGUGUAAGGCAUCCUCUCUCACGCUUGACAUCAGCUUAUAGAGACAAGUUCCUAAAUGGCAGCCCAAUUUCAGCAUAUGACGCUGCCUGGAAGAACGUCACACGAAGCAGUCAGUCUUGGCGCUACCGCUGGAGCGCCUACUGGCUUCCGGCGCUCGUCUCAAGGGGAGACGUCGAACCUUCGCUGUGGAUGGACAAGAGGAGACAUACAAAGGCAGUGAACAUGUCCGACGUGUGUAGGUCAACGCUGAUCUCGAAUCUGGCUGUUGUUAAGCAAUUUGAACGGGAUUAUAGACUCAACAUGAAAAAGUACAUCAGCAUCUUCAGCAACGUAACUUUCAGUUUUGAGGAUUUUCUCCGCCACAUACUUUGGACUUUUGAUCACGACAUCAUGGACCACCACUGGGCGCCCCAGAGCUGCUUGUGCGACCCAUGUGGACAGCACUACGACUACAUCCUCCACUUGGAGAACAUCGGGCAAGAGGCUCGACAUGUGUUCGAUGCCCUAGGUGUUCCUCAGGAGGUUCAGUUAGGAAGUGAUCAUGAUACCAAGAAGGCCCUCAGUGUGUCCGAAAAUGGAUAUUUCGAUGGCAUUGACAAAGCCUUAAUGACUAGACUCUAUGUACUUUAUAAAAACGACUUUAAUCUGUUCGGUUACCAGUAUUAGUCCAGUAAUCAGGAAAGUGGGAGGUCGGAGCCUAUCAGAUCAUGAGAGCCGCCCCCAUUCA